AUGUCAUACAACAAUACACUUCAAUCAAAUAUUUUCUCCAAUCAUCACCAAUUCAUGCAAAUUUGUGAUUAUGACGACAAUGAUGUUGAUGAUGAUAACAAUCAUGAUCAUACUAGUAAUACCAGUCACAACAUGAUCCAUCCAACAUCCAACUGGUUCACACCACAAACUGCACCGAUGAUCUCAUCCAUAUUACCCAUUCCCAAUUCUACCUCCUCCUCCACAGCUCUGAUUCACACUAAUGUGGAUAAUCACAGUGAUUCGCACUCAUUUUCCUCACAAACAGAUCCAUUCCGCUUAGCAUUCGAAACAUCACCUAUUCACACAAACACCAUUCAUCAUUACAAUACGAAUUGUAAUCGUCAUCUUUAUUCUGGUAUACAACAGUACAACUCCUUGUUCAUUCCAUACCACAAUUACAUCAACCAAUGGAACAAUGUGCAGAAGAACAACGUCACACCACCUGUCGACGACAACCACAACACUGUGAAUGUGGCCAAAAUAAAGGGAUUACAUCGCAAUCAUCCACAACGUCGUCAACAUCAUCGUCAUCACCACAAUCACCAUCGCCAUCAACAUCACCAUCAACAAGUACACCAACAACAACAACAACAACAACAAUUCCAAACUCACAAUGUCAAGUCGUGUGAUCUGAUCACAGAAGAUGAACCGAAACCGAAUUUCAGUUAUAUUGGAUUGAUUGCAAAGGCCAUACUCAGUACACAAGAAAGACGUAUGAUAUUGUCAGAAAUCUAUCAAUGGAUUCAACUACGUUAUCCAUAUUUCAGUACACGUGGACCAGGAUGGCGUAAUUCCAUUCGACACAACUUGUCAUUGAAUGAUUGUUUUAUUAAAGUCGAUGGUAAACGCACAUGUGACAAGCCUGUAUUGCUGGUUCCAAAUUCAAUUGCAAGUACCAACCAUACUACUACUGCUACUACUACUACUACCACUACUAAUUCUACUACCAAUAAUAUUAAUAAUACACAUACGACCACCACUAUCAGUACUACCCACGCAACAAACACUAUCAUUCCUCUCAGUAUUCCUAUCUCUGAUCACCAUCCAUUUGAUUGUCAAUAUGUGAAUUCAUCAUGUUCUUCACUCGGUCCUUUAUUCUUCAGAUCUCAUCCACUCUCCACUCAACAUCCAGUCAAUGUCAGUUUCAAUGUGGUCAACUUGAUUGAUCACAAACUCAAUCACAAUGAUCUUGAUCGUGAUUCCGAUCCCACUCGUAAUCAUGAUGAUGAUGAUGAUGACGAGGGUGUUGUUGUUGUUACUGAUGUAAAUAAUGAUGCUACAAUCUCUAAAAUGAUGAAGUCACAACAAUAUCAUGUUCACAAUGAAGGUGAUCAGAAGACUGAUCUUGAUCAGAAUGAAUCACAAGAUGAUGAUGAUGAUGCUGAUGAGGAUAUUAAACUGGAAUUACAUCCAGCAAAACUCACAAUCAAUUAA